AUGCCAGCACCACACGACAAAAGUACACUUCGUUCAUUUUUAGGAGCUCUGACUUACUAUGGAAGGUUUAUCAAGAAAAUGCGCGAAAUCAGAUCACCUCUUGAUGAGCUGCUUAAAAAGGACAUUGAAUGGAAGUGGACCGAAACCCACCAAAAAGCAUUUGAAAGAGCAAAGGAAAUAAUGCUUUCUGAUUUAUUGCUGACCCACUACGAUCCCAAACUGCCAAUAAUCGUAGCAGCAGAUGCUUCAAAAGAUGGAAUUGGAGCAACCAUCAGUCAUGUUUUUCCUGACAAAUCGGAAAAAGUCAUUGAACAUGCAUCAUGCACUCUUACAGCAGCUCAACGGAAUUACAGUCAAAUAGAAAAGGAGGCUCUCGCCCUCGUAUUUGCCGUUCAGAAAUUCCACCGCAUGCUUUAUGGUCGAAAGUUCACACUUUAA